ACUGUUUGCGACUGUAGGCCAAGAUGGUGUAUGAUGUCUGCAUUGUAGGAGCUGGAAUGGUGGGGUCAGCUGCAGCCAAAUGGCUCUGUAAACUGCAACGAGAAACCAAAGUCUGUCUGAUUGGGCCUCAAGAACCAACCGAAAAGGAAUGGGAAGACGGGAGGCGGGAAGUUUUCGCAUCACAUUACGAUGAGGGCCGUGUGACAAGAGAGCUGGAUGCGGAUUAUACAUGGGUGUUGCUAGGGCAACGGUCUAUCGAAAGCUACAGAGAAAUCGAGCAAGAAAGUGGAAUCAAGUUUUACCACGAGGUGGGCUGUGCACUCAUUGACACCAAGGGAAACCAACAGAUGCAGAAGUACAAGGAAACUGCUGGAAAAUUAGGUGUCCGUCACGAAAUCUUCAACUUUCAGUCUUUCCAAGGCAAAUUCCCUUACCUUCGCGUGAACCGCGACAGCGAAUGUGUAUGGACGGCCAAGAACGCCGGACACAUCAGUCCUCGAAAGCUCGUCGCCGCCCAGCAGAAAAUUGCGUCAUCACUCGGUUGUCACGUGAUCCAUGAAGUGGUGACAAGCAUCACUGAUGUGACGUCACAAGAUGGAGAAACGGUCGUCAGAGUAUUGUUUGAGAAUGGGAGGGAGAUUUUUGCCAAGCGUGUUCUCCUUUGCACGGGAGCGUUUACUAAUUUCCAUAGCAUUCUGCCAGGGGAUAGGAAGAUCGAUCUUAACUUGCGUAGGUCUUUUGUAGUGAAGGCCGAGUUAUCGGAACAAGAUGCUAUCAAGAUGUUAGAUAUGCCCAGUAUCUUCAACACUAACAAGAACUGUUACGUGCUACCGCCAAUCAAAUACCCCGAUGGGAAGUACUAUGUGAAGCUUGGACUGUGGUUUAGUUUUGAAAAUAAAUUCAGUGAUCUACAAGGAGCGGCGGAGUGGUUCAGAAGUCAUGGGAAGAACUUUGAUGCCUCAGAGGCCAUCAAUAAGCUCCGGGAGCUGAUACCAGGAAUCCGGCCAAUUUCUCUGACAACGGACUGCUGCAUCUCUUCGGUCACCCCUACCGGUCAGCUCUACUGUGACAUGUUGACCUCUCGCCUCGGCGUCCUGAUCGGUAUGAACGGCAAAGGAGCAAAAAGCAGCGACGAAAUCGGACGUAUGGGCGCAAACAUGAUUUCAAAAGGGUCGUGGAACUACGACUUGAAUCAAGACCUGUUUAAGGUUCAAUAUAGGAAGAAUUCUCCAAAGAGCUUACUCACGGGAAAGCUCUAGAAGAUAAAGGUGUUCGUCAGAUUUAAACCACCACCUUGUAGAUAUAUUCUCCAUUGAUCUCGGAGAUACUAAUUAUUUUAUUAACCCUCCGCAUUUGAAGUACAAUAAUAGUGCCUCAUUUAAUAUAUGCCUUAUUCUAGAAUAUACAAUUCUGCGUCAUCGGUGUGUUAUUAGAUCAAAUCAGAGCUCAGUCGCAAUAAGAAUACUGCCUAAAGGCGAUUGCGACCAUUGUGUUUCGUACAUCAUAGGUCUUUUUACAGCCGGUCGGAACGCACCUGGCAAUCACAACAUUUCUUGGGAGUGUAUUGGUUUACCUAUUUUGUAUGACUUGCAUAAUUAGCGAGACCUCUCUCUUUCUCUCUCUCU